GACACCGCCUAGCCUGUUAAGCUAGCAAUCAAAUCAGCCAGACACAGUAAGCUAGCCCAGAUAUAAAUUAGACAAAGAAACCUUGUGAAGAGUCUUACUCAAAAAGAGUCCAAAGUGACGGAUGUUGACAGGAGCGCCUGUGACACUAAGCGACAUACCUUACUCGAUACAUAUGGAAGUAUGAAAUUGAAAGGUUGGAACAUGAAGAUGGGACCAUGAAGUAUCCUGUGAAAAACUAGAUCCAUAACACCUCUUAUAUACUUAAAACCGCAAAGAGUGCUUCAGAGACAAGAGGGCUACCUCCAAAGUGGUGAUGUCACGGGUUCCCACACCGCCUCCUCCUGGGGAGAUGUCAAGUGGACCUGUGGCAGAGAGCUGGUGUUACACAGAGGUCAAGGUCGUCAAAUUUUCCUACAUGUGGACCAUAAACAACUUCAGCUUUUGCAGAGAAGAAAUGGGGGAAGUGCUGAAGAGCUCAACUUUCUCCUCUGGCCCUAAUGACAAGAUGAAGUGGUGUCUGCGAGUCAAUCCAAAGGGACUUGAUGAUGAAAGCAAAGAUUAUCUGUCAUUGUAUUUACUUCUUGUUAGUUGUCCAAAAAGUGAAGUCAGAGCAAAAUUCAAGUUUUCCUUGUUGAAUGCUAAACGAGAGGAGACAAAAGCGAUGGAAAGCCAAAGAGCCUACAGGUUUGUCCAAGGCAAAGACUGGGGCUUUAAAAAGUUUAUCAGGAGAGAUUUCCUCCUGGAUGAAGCCAAUGGACUCCUGCCUGAUGACAAGCUUACUCUUUUUUGUGAGGUCAGUGUUGUCCAAGAUUCUGUGAACAUUUCUGGCCAGUCCAACAUGAACAUGCUGAAGGUACCUGACUGUCAGCUGUCUGAUGACCUGGGCAAUCUGUGGGAGUGUUCACGCUUCACAGACUGCAGCCUGUAUGUGGGAGGGCAAGAGUUCAAAGCCCACAAAUCCAUCCUGGCAGCAAGGUCACCCGUCUUCAAUGCGAUGUUUGAGCAUGAAAUGGAAGAGAGUAAAAAGAAUCGUGUCGAUAUCAGCGACGUGGACCCCGACGUCUUCAAGGAAAUGAUGGGCUUCAUCUACACAGGGAAGGCCCCUAACCUGGAGAAGAUGGCAGACAACCUGCUGGCAGCCGCAGACAAAUACGCUCUGGAGCGUCUAAAAGUCAUGUGUGAAGAGGCCCUGUGCAACAGCCUCUCAGUGGAGAAUGUGGCCGACACCCUCAUCCUCGCAGACUUGCACAGCGCCGAGCAGCUCAAAGCACAAGCCAUAGAUUUUAUCAACAGGUGCAGUGUCCUCAGACAGCUGGGCUGUAAAGAUGGAAAGAACUGGAAUAGCAACCACGCUACGGACAUAAUGGAGACUGCGGGCUGGAAGUCAAUGAUCCAGUCGCACCCUCACUUGGUGGCCGAGGCAUUCCGCGCCCUGGCCUCGGCGCAGUGCCCACCCUUCGGCCCUCCCCGGAAGCGUCUAAAACAAUCGUGACGUCUCGGUACUCGCUGGCUUUGCAGAGGAAAAGACUAGUUGUGAGGAUGCCACCAUUAUUUUCCCAAUUCCACCAAAACUGAACACACUUGAAGAUAAGAGAAGAGUCAGCAUGGAUGUGGGGGAGGCUGGCACAAUGGACUUGGUGGGGGUGGGGACAAAAGGAAAAGAAAAAAGACAGUCUUGCUUUGUUGCCCCAACUGUCUCGCGUUAAGGGUGGGUAGCAAGUCAAGCUGUCUGCUACUGUUUUUUUUUGUUUUGUUUUGUUUUGUUUUUUUUUGUCCAUUUAAUUCUUCAAAAUGGCCUUAAUAUAUCUGCCAUUGCUCUGGGGUUACUCCAGAGUUCAUUGUGUCUAUUUUACUCUGUGCCUGCCUUGUCACAAAGACCAGGCCUCCUCCAGGUUGCACUAGUUCCCUUCAAUAGUCGUUUUCAUAUGGAGUUCGAUAGGAACAUAACAAAAGGUUGAACUAAAUGGGAAAUAUUAUAUAUUUGUAAUGUUUAGCCCGUUUUGUGACCAGACAUUAAAGAGCAUGAACACUUUCAGUGCAAGGUCAGUUCUUAACACUUUUUGAAAUAUGUGUAUGCCCCAUAUUGAUGGCACCAUUUCUAUGUAAAUGACAGCUGAAGCAUCCUCAGAAGACCAUUGUACGGGACGUCUGUUGUGUUGCGUCUGUGUGGGGACUAAAAAAAAAAAAAAGUACAUCAUCUAUUUAGGAAGACCCUGUGUCAAUUUCAAGUCUUUGACCCUUAUUACAUGAAGCAAUGGAAGUAUUGGCAUGUAUUUAACCAGUCUCACAUCGAAAAGACAUAUUCUGCUCAUGUCUGUGAACCAGCUUCAAUUCAAUUGGAACAUGAACACUUUAGUAUUGCCAACCUGCAAAUAUAUAUUCUCAAGAUAUUGUGGUGUAGUCGAAAGUGGGAAAUGAUCAUGUUAUUGUUGAGCGUGUCCAAGAAGGUUUUUUUUGUUUGUUUUUUAAAUGAUGUGUUUUCUGACAUUGGUGCAGAAUUAAAAGAAUUGAUAAUGCACAAAACAAACGGUCGGUCCUCUUUACAUGCUUGGAGACGUGUUGGAUGCUGCGCAUCACUUUUGCCGGCGAUGUCAUUUGUUCAGAAUGAGAGCUUGUCCUUUUUGUUUCGGUGCACUGUAGCGUGGACAUGACAUGAACACACCAGGAGCAUUUGUACAACAAGAGGGCAGCAUCAUUUUGCGUUGUGUCAACAUGUUUAAAUGUAUGGAAGCAGCGAGAUGGAAAUUGUCUGCACAAAUGGCUGCAGUUAAAGCAAAUAAAACAUUUUCCAACA